UCAGAAAAUUAAAAAAAUCAAGGGGUUAGACAAAUUCUAGGGUUUAAGGAAAACGAAGAAAUCGGUGAUCAGAUCUUGAGGAGAGAGAAAAAUGGCGAUACCAAAAGGAAAGGGAAGAAAAGCGCGAGCAGAGGAAGAAGCCUGCAAGACCUUGAAGUGCUUUCAAGAGUGGACUAAUUGGAGCUUGAAGAAGGCUAAAGUCGUCACUCACUAUGGAUUAAUCCCUUUGAUUAUCUAUAUUGGGAUGAACUCUGAGCCUAAGCCUACUCUUUCUCAGCUUCUCUCUCCUUUUUAAAUUAUUAUUAUUAUUAUUAUUAUUAUUAUUAUUAUUAUUAUUAUUAUGUUAUCUUUUUAUUUUGAUUAGUCGGGUUGUUAUAAUGUUAUUAAAGGUACUUAUUAUGAGUAUUGAUUGUUCAAACUUGAGAAUUUUAUGAUGAGUUUUUUUGGUGUUAAUUUGUUGGUGA